UUGUCUGACGAAUAAAAGCUGUAGCCUAUAGAUCGGUGCAAGGCUUUUUAACCGGGUACAACCAGUCAGGCUUAAAGGAAUCAUUUCGUCUUACAUUUAGAGCGGAGGUUGUACCGGAGCGACUGAGGUCUGAAUAGCCGAAGCAAGCAUGAGCGACAAGGGGACAGUCUCGCCGAAAGAGAAGGAGGCUACAGAGAAGCGGGGGCGUGGAAGACCCCGCAAGCAGCCCCAGGUAAAAACCUCUGAUGAGCCAAGUGGAUCCCCCACUCCAAAGAGGCCCAGAGGACGGCCGAAGGGCAGCACGAAUAAGACGUCCAGCAAGGGCAAAAAGGCGACGGCCCCGGCAUCUGCAGGGGGAAAGCGCCGGGGAAGACCCAAGAAGGAGGAGAAGGAGGAAAAGGCAGCCCAGGAAUCAUCUGAGGGGGAAGAGGAAGAGGACCAGUAAUUCACAGCGCAUGCUACCUCACUCAACAUACUGACUUACUGUUAACCAGAACUGGGCUGCAUCUCCAACACCAGUGCCACCACAUGACCACUGUUCACGACAAUAACCCGCCCUUUUCGCCUUGAGGAGGGGUUAACACAGUACAAUUAUCAUGCAACAGCACUGGAUAUAAAAAAAAAAAAAAAAAAUGAUGGACUUGUUCAAGCAUAGCUCUAAGAAUUACACGAAAGGUAACAGCCCUUUUCUCGACAUGUCAUAAGUCUUUUAUACUGGACAACAACAACAACAACAACAAAAAAAGCGUGCUCUUCGGAGCCUGGACGUUAUCUGCUUAUUUCCCCCUCUAAAGAUGGUUGGUAGGACAUCUUCUCCGCUUAGUGUUACUUAUUUGUUGUACCCGCAUCUGAGAUGGUAGGGCAUAUAGAUUUUUUUUCCUCCUCUCUCUCUCUCUCUCUCUCUCUCUCUCUCUCUCUUUCUCUCUCUCCAUGUUUUUACUGGACAAAAGUGAGUUUUACCUAUACUUGCUGUUUAUUUUCGUGUGUGUUUGUGUGAAGUGGUUGACCUAUCCUUUGCAUCGGAAUUAUAGAUGGGAGUUGAGCUUCGGGAUUAGGAUGAGAAUAGGUGACUGAUGGUCGGUGUCUUUCUUCCCUUUUUGCCCGUCAUGUCUGAUCUGCACACCUGAUCCCUCCAAUCAGAAGGCAGAACCGUCUUUACCACCUUGGCCCUCUCAUCUGUUGGACAGUUUUAGUUCGAGUAGACCUUUCCCUGUCCUCAGCGUGCGGCGGGGAGAUGUAAAGUGUAUCGUUAGUCAUCAGGAUCGCUUUUUAUUUUAUAUUUCUUUGUUCGGGUUACAUACCAUUUUCAAAACAGAAAAAAAAAACAAAACAAAACAGUGUGCUGCUUUUUUUUCAUGGUUUUAUUAAAACAGUUCAUUUUUUUUUGGUAUGUUGUGUGUUUCUAAGGAUAGGGUUGGCAGAGUACUAGGCUGACAGUCAUCGGUGUCGUUUCUUCAGGGAGCUUUUACAAAUGCUGUUACAUUGGCGUCUUUGUCUUCGCGCGUCUCCUCGGUUUUCCAGGCGCUCGCUCAAUCAGUCGUUAAGGCAAAAUUGCAAUUGGUCAAACAAGGAGUUUGAUUGUAUCACAGGAUAGUCGGUGGCACUUCUAUCCCACAGGGCUGUACGUUUUAUUUUCAUUCCAUCUUAGCUCUCAUGGCUUCACCUAUAGCUUCGCCUUUCUAUCAUCACAUAGUACAAUAAUUACCUUCUUUUUUUUUUUCUUAGUCUUUUAAAGAUGUGUGUCCUUAUGCUGUCUGCUACAGAAACAAAUGUUUGUGUAUUUUUAAGUGUCAGGGAACCUGCGGUCACAGUCCACUUAACUGGGUUUUUCCACACACCUAAGCUGCUACAACCUCAGUUACAAAACCCGGAAAACUGCAAACAGGCGAGACGAGGCCUGGAAUUUCAUACCUCACUCAACAUGCUUACUUUACCAUAAAUAAAUGCAUUUUAACUGGUUUUAAGUUGUUUUUGAAACUGUAACCUCCGGCAUGAGUUGGAAAGGUGUCGUUAUUACAAAGUUUGUAUUUUUUUUUUCUCUCUUUCAAAAAAAAAAAAAAAAGAAA